AUGGAGACUCGGAAGUUCUUUCGCGGGUUUUCGCUUCGGACCCUCAUCGGGGCCCCCCGUCUGUCGCCUCUAGUGCCUCUACAGCAGCAGAAGACGAGUUCGAAAGCCUUAGCCAGCAGCAGCAGCCUGCAGCAGCAGCAGCAGCAGCAGAAGCAGCAGCAGCAGCAGAAGCAGCAGCAGCAGCAAAAACAGACCAUGUGCUCAAUGAGAGCAGCACAGACGCAGCAGCAGCAGCAGCAGCAGCAGCAGAGUUGCUGCCACAGGACCUCGAAGAGCUGCUGCGGCAGCACCUGGUGUCUCUCCGCGACCCUCGGCAGCUGCCGCUGCAGCUCGCUGAGAAGCUGCUGCUGCUGCUGCGGCCUGCUGUGGACGAAGCAGCAGCAGCAGCAGCAGCAGCAGCAGAAGGAGCAGCAGCAGCAGCAGCAGCAGAAGGAGCAGCAGCAGCAGCAGGAUUUCCCACGCUGCCGCCGGAUAUCGUCAGUGCUCUUCGAGCAAAGGACCCGCGGACUGUUCUUUUGGCCCUUCAAAACGCAGGUAAUGCAAUGCAGCUUCCUUGAGAAUAAACAAAUCUGCUGCUGCUGCUGCUGCUGCUGCUGCUGCUGCUGCUGCUGCUGCUGCUGCUGCUGCUGGUACCGCUGCUGCUGCCCUUUUGUUGCUUGA